GGUAUCCUGGGUGGGGAGCAGGCACUGUCGUUGGGUUCCCCGGAGGCACCGGGUGGCUCCUCCCUUCCCCCCGCCCGCUCAUCUCCCCUGUCAUGCCGCCGCUUUGAGCGAUGGGCGCCAGCGGCUCCAAGUCGCGAGGUCUGUGGCCUUUCGGCUCGGGCGGGCCCGGCGGCUCCGAGUGCCCGGGCGGGGAUCAGGCGCUGGCCCGGGCGCGGGGGCUGUGCUCGGCCACCCCCUUCGUCUUCACCCGCCGGGGCUCUAUGUAUUAUGAUGAAGAUGGUGAUCUUGCUCAUGAAUUUUAUGAAGAGACAAUAGUCACCAAGAAUGGGAGAAAGCGUGCCAAGCUGAAAAGAAUCCACAAGAACCUGAUACCUCAGGGCAUAGUGAAACUGGAGCACCCUCGGCUUCAUGUGGACUUCCCUGUUAUCAUCUGUGAAGCCUGAGCCACGGGGCAAUGUGAACAGUCACUGUGUGCUGUCAGUGCACCUUAUUUGCCCAGUUUUACUGUACCUCAUGUAAACCGCACUAGGCAGCCACGCGUCCCUGCAGAGUGAUGGAUCUGGAGAACGGACAGACUGUUUGCCUUUAAGUUUUUCUGCUUGGAGGAAGCAGCAGCGGCAGCACUGGGGAUGCCUGAGAAUUGGAUAGUUACCGGGAAUAGGGUUGGCUAGGGAAGAGUGUGGAUAGGACCUGCGUCACAUAAAAUGUGUGACCUUGUUUUGUAGCCUGCUCAAAAAUUCCCUCCACUGAGUCAAAAGUGAAAUCUUUUUUGUAGCCACUAAGUGAUAUUUAGAUGGCAACAGAUUCCAAGAAUCUUGAAACUAUGGAGAACCAGCCUGCACCUCUUACUGACAGGAUGUUCUGCUUUUUGAGUACCCCAAUCAGUUUCUCCAAAAGCUGACAAUGGCAUUUCAGUUUAUAUGCAGUGUAUGAGAGCAAAGGUGAGCAGCAAGCCUCUCAUGUCUCUUCCUAACUUGCUGCCCUCCAUCCCACCCCACCCCACCUCACCUCACCCCAUGAGAUAGUCAGCUGAAUACCUGAUCCAUCUUUGGGGGAUAGUAUCAAAUGUGAGGAUAGUUUUUUGGAGGAUAGCUGUCUGUGAUGCACUUAAUUUUGAGGUCUCCUUUAUAAUGAGCUAAUAUGCAGACUUUGCUCUUCUUGUAAUAGCUCCCUAGUGCUGUCUUGUUUUGCUGGCAAUGUCUUUCAACAUUGCUGCUUGGAAUAUUCUACAGACUAGUGCCUAUGCUGUAGCACAUUAAUGGAGCCUGCUGGCAGCUGCAAUAUCCAAAUGUGCUGUUCUCCUAAAUGCCCACAGCUUUUCUGUUAAAGUUUCUCAAAGAGGAAAUCACCUUGGAGGCAAUUUGUCUAAGCAGGCUGCGGUUCCAUCCAGGGAUUUACAUCCUGCUGGUGUGUUGGGUGUUCCAUGUUCUGCAUACUUGUAGGGUAAUUUUUUUUCUCCUAAUAGAAUUCUGUGUAACUUAAUCCCUUAAAUUACACUGUCAACCCUAAAAGAACUUUUAACUGAGAUGAAGGCAGUGGUCUACCGAAUCCCAGUUUUUAAUUCCUCUUCCAAAUAAUCAUGAAGUACUGUCAUCUUCCAUUAGCAGUUUCCUUGAUUUAUAGGAUUUGAGGCAGGCCUCACCUGAUGCAGUGCACUUUAAAGGAAAGUGCUGUCUUCUCCUUCAGAAGGACCGUGUGCUGAUGAAAUGUGGGAUUGGCUGAGCUCCUUCCAUUGGCAAGCAAGACACUGGAAUGGUAGACCUGCCUUCAGAUCCCAGAUCUCUUACUUUCGGGGCUUAAAACUGCUGAGAUCUGAACAUGCACAACCCUGCUGGGGCAGCUGUAACGUUUAAGGGGGUUCCAUAGACUGUGCCACCAGAAGACCUGAGCCUACCUGCCUUUUCUAGCAACCCCUCAGAACUUUAAUAAGGCUUUAAAAAUGGAUUAUAAAUAGGCUGUACCAAGUUGGCUCAUUGCACAUCUUCUUUUCCUUCCCAGAACAUGUCCCUGCCUAAGUUAUUCAGGAAUUUGCUACCUCAGUGUUUAAUUUAAUCAGCUCAUACAGAGUUGCUCUGGAACAUCAGCACAUCUGUGUUUUAUGUGUCUCCAAGUCUGAACUUGCAAGGGAAUCCUUUAUGAACCAGACUAGUAAGGGUAGGGUAGAUCUAUAGCCGGGUUGAAAGAAAGGUUUGCUGUUCAUGUGAUAGUCACCUUUUGCCUCUUGCACAGCCUCUGCUGGCUGCAUGGUUGAUCCUAAUGUGCAUGCUAGGGUUGAUCCUUAAAGCACAGGAAGCAGGGCUGUCCCAGAUGGCUUCCUGAGUUGCAGCUGGAACCUGCUUUACCAUGUCAGAACUCCUGUUAUGAUUCUACAGUACAUGCAAAGCUGCCUUUACAGUAAAUGUAAAAUGCGUAAUGUGCUGAUAAUGGACCUGUACCAUAUUUUCAUACUCUCUCUCCACUUCCCCUCCGCCCAUCCCAGCCUGACUUAUCUUUUGGUUCAAUUCUCAGUUGAUGCAAUUGGGAAACUCUUACGUCAUCUUUACUCUUUAUUAGAAAGCAGGAAGUUUCCACAAUCAUGAAAAUGAGUGUACUUCAUAUAGAGAUGUUUGCAAUGCUUCUUUCACCAGUAAAACCUCAUCUUAGAAUUAUUGUGCACAAUAUGUUGCUGGCUGAAACCUGGAGGAAACUGCUUAUUCUAAAGCAGAAUCUAGAAGACUGCGUACCGAGAAGCUUCCUGUUGAAAACUUGCCCUGUGUAAAGUUGGCAGAAGCACCUUCUCCUCUGUCUGUCACAUCUUCCCACUGGAGUAUUCUUCUCUGUGCUGUGGUGAAGAUUAAUUGUCCUGAAAUAUUUUGAGAAUGAAAAUUUUGGUAGCAAUACCCCACCCCAUAAUCAGCAUUUUUUCCUACCAUGCAUAAUAUAUUUUCAUUUAUUGGUUGUUGCUUUUGAGCAAUCAAAUGUUCUGUGAUCAGAAAACUAUUGCCCAAUGUUUUAGUUUUCCUUGCCACUCCUAGCACUUGUAUGCCUCCUGCUGAGGACCUCACUCCUACUGGAAUCUAACUGGCGCCUCUACCCAAAGAAGCUUCAUUUCUACCUAGCUUGAAACCUCCCAAGAUGCAACAGACUCCUUGGAGCAUCAGACGGCUGCUUUCAGUCCAUUUCUCUAACAGGCUGGCUUGCCCAUUGAGACUGCAGCUGUGCAUUUAGACUGCUUGGAUUUUUUAAUCCCAUCUAUGCUGUCCUUAUUGUGCUUUCCAGUAGCCCUGCUCCUCUUGGGAGUGGGAGCUACUGGGUAGAGAGAGGGCUUUUGGAGACCGCUUUAGAAGGGACAGUUAUAAUGUGAAACUUGGUGUAAAUAUGAAUAUUAUCACUAUUGUUGGAGCAAGCAAAAAGUUUUCCUUAUGACUUCUGUGCAAAUGUGUGGUUGUGUAGAAGACUGGAACCCACAAGCACUUCAUUUUUUUUGCUCCUGUAGCAUAUGAGUUGGACCCUUGAAGACAAAUGUGUAAAGUAUUUAUGGUCCUUUUCCUCUGCCUUGAAGUGCAUUUGUCUAAUUUUGUUAUAUUUCAAUAAAAUUAUUUGUAGCUCCCAGAAGUUAAA